UGUCUCUGUCACUCUCGUCAGCGGCGCGGUUUGGGUGUUAUUGAAGGAAGGGGGGGAGGCGGAGGCGGCGGGAAGGAAAGAAAGCGCUGGAGGCCGCGGCGGAGAGGCCGGACUUGACGAGCGGGGCAUCAUGAUUUCGGCCGCCCAACUUCUGGAUGAGCUUAUGGGCCGGGACAGGAACCUGGCCCCGGAUGAAAAGCGCAGCAACGUGCGGUGGGACCACGAUAGCGUUUGUAAAUAUUACCUUUGUGGGUUUUGUCCAGCUGAAUUAUUCACAAAUACCCGUUCUGACUUAGGUCCUUGUGAGAAAAUUCAUGAUGAAAACCUCAGAAAACAGUAUGAGAAGAGUUCUCGAUUCAUGAAAGUAGGCUAUGAAAGAGACUUCCUUCGGUAUUUACAGAGCCUGCUUGCAGAGGUGGAACGCCGAAUUCGAAGAGGUCAUGCACGUUUAGCAUUGUCUCAGACUCAACAGGCUUCAGGUCAAGCAGCAGGACCUACUGGUAAAAAUGAAGAGAAGAUUCAAGUAUUAACUGACAAGAUUGAUGUACUUCUACAACAGAUUGAAGAACUAGGUUCUGAAGGAAAGGUGGAAGAGGCUCAAGGCAUGAUGAAACUUGUUGAACAGUUAAAAGAGGAAAGAGAGUUGCUCAGAUCUACAACUUCGACAAUUGAGAGCUUUGCAGCUCAGGAAAAGCAGAUGGAAGUUUGUGAAGUCUGCGGAGCAUUUUUAAUCGUAGGAGAUGCGCAAUCCAGGGUAGAUGAUCACUUGAUGGGAAAACAGCAUAUGGGUUAUGCAAAAAUUAAAGCUACAGUGGAAGAACUAAAAGAAAAAUUAAGAAAGAGAACUGAAGAGCCUGAGCGUGAUGAUCGGUUAAAAAAAGAGAAACUAGAACGUGAAGAGCGAGAGAAGGAACGUGAAAGGGAAGAAAAGGAAAGAAAGCGACGGCGUGAAGAAGAAGAAAAGGAAAAAGAGCGGGCUCGUGAUAGAGAGAGACGAAAGAGGAGUCGUUCACGAAGCAGACACUCAAGCAGAACUUCUGACAGGAGGGGUAGUCGGUCAAGGGACCAUAAAAGAUCAAGAAGCAAGGACAGAAGACGAAGCAGGAGUCGAGAUCGACGCAGAAGCAGAAGCCAUGAUAGGUCAGACAGAAAACAUAGAUCACGUAGCAGGGACAAAAGGCGGUCAAAGAGUCGGGAUCGGAAAUCUUACAAGCACAGAAGCAAAAGCAGAGAGCGAGACCAAGACAGGAAAUCUAAGGAAAAAGGCCAAUAGGUCAGUAACUGUUUUACAGUUGCCAAGAAAAGCGCCUCUCUCCCCCAUCUGUCCAAACUCAAAGCAAUAAAACACCUUCUGGAGAAUCUACAUAUUUUGCCCAUUUAAAGGGCUGUUGAGCUCUAUCGUAUCUACAUAGGACAGAAGAUAAGCUUAUUGGACUGACAGCUAGUCCUCUGCGGGGCAACAAGACUGGUGUUCCUCAGUGGAUCUACAUGUGAAUCGGCGAUACCUAAUAAAGCAAAAAUUGAAGACUUUCAAAAAGGUCAGUUAGUGCAACCGAUCCAGGCAAUUAUUACAUCAAACAGACACCUCUUAAGAGUUCCAAAGUUAACUGGACUUUGGUGACUGGUUUUCUCUCCGCUUCAAAUAUUGAGUGUUUUCCCUUAGGCAGUGGUUCCUUUGUAGUUCCUCCCCACCUCCCCUUUUUUGGCUGUUAUCUGCAUAAUAAAGCUGUUCAAAUUUUCUUGAUGAAAGGAAUUGAAACUAACUUCAAAAAAAUAUUUUGUUUCUACAGUAGGCCAUAAGUAUGCCUUUCCAGAAACUUCACCCAUACAGCUUUGACAGUAUCUUCUGUUUGUUCCCUGUUCUUUAUUCUUUGCUCUUGCAUUAAAUACAGCCAUUCAAAUAAUCUAAUAUACUUUAUCUGGAUGCUUAAAGAAUAAUUUUGGUUCAUUAUGCUGAUGAGAGAAAUACCCCCAAGUGAUUUCAGUGUACAGCAUACACGGCUUACACUAUAUGCAUGUUAUAUAUACAUAACAGCUUUAAUGGGACAAAAACCUGGUAACCAUGUCUGAUAUGAAAACUGCCCACCAUAAUGAGCUAUGCAUUGAAUAAGAGAAAGACACAUGGCUAUCUUAAAUUUUUAUUUUCUCCAGGUCAACUCAUUAUUCUGGCUUUACUAAUUUUAUUGGCAGCCAAUCCAUUGUCAGAUUCUCUUAUAGCUACCUCUGCUAUUUAGAGUUACCUGUUUUCAGUGAACCAGGAGUCCCAUUAACCUAGUGUCCGAAUUUCAAGCAACUUUGUCAAGUUUGUAACUUGUAAUUGUUUUGGACAUGAAAAUUAAGUGCAUCUUCUUGCAAGAUAGGAAAAUGAAAAUUGAAAACCUAUUGUGCUUUGAAGGUUACUUCUUUUUGGCUCCCAGCAGUCAUGGAUUGUUAAAUAUCAGCCUGAUAAUGCACUUACACAGAUUACUUUCUCUCUUCUUGGCAGUGGUUGGCAAGUAGGGAGACAAUCCCCAAUCCUGGUGAGGUGAUGGGGCAUAGCAGGCAAAUGAAGGUAAAGGAGGUGGGAAUGGGCUCUGGAAAAAGAGUGAGGGAAGAGCAGGCACUACCAUUUGAGAAUAGUACAUGAAGCCAUGGAGAAAAAGGUUUCGGGAAUACGGGCUAUCAAAAAGAUAAGCAUGCAAAUCUAUAAAAACAAUACAAAAUUUAAAUGUUCUUAAAACUUCAGGCAGUAAUAUGCAUAAUUGAUUCAAAUAGCCAAAUCAAAAUCAGCUCUGUGGUUUGGAUCCAGACUUUGCCUUUCCCAGAUGAAAGAGACUCCUUCCAUCCAGAUUUUCAGCCGAGUGGGAGGAGAGGUAAUGUUUGCCAAUUCACCUCUCUGCAGCCCCCAGUUCCACCUCCCAUGUUCUUCCAGAAGGUGUUGCAACCCUCCAGAACAGUGUUAGAGGUGGCGCAGGGUGUUGCAUUGAGGAGAAAUAAUUAAAAUCACUCCUUCCUCUGUCACCUGCAAUAUCUCCACCAAUGAAGUAAGGCCUGGAUCUAACCCUGUACGUUAAGGUUUGUUACCUAAGAUCAGUACGUAAAACUGUAGAAAUUAAAUUGCUUUAAGGUGUUCUGUGCAUAUGCUGUCUGAGAGGUCAAGAGUUCAAACAUGUUCUGAAUACCAAUUGCGGGAAACCACAAUAGGUAAGCAUCCUCUUGUACUCAAAUCCUGCUUGCUAGUUUCCUACAGACAGCUGUUUGGCUACUGUGAGAACAGGAUGCUGGACUAGAUGGAUCACUGGCCUGAUCCAGCAGGCUCUCCUUAUAUCAUUUUGUUCUUAUAUGAAGUUUUAAAAACAUAGGGUCAUUUCCCUCUCUGCUCUGGCCCAGCAGAUUAGGUGUUUGCAUCAGAGGUCAUAGGAAGCUGCCAACAGGAAUCAGACCAACAAGUCCCUUUUGCUCAGUAUUUUCUGACCAGCAGUGGCUCUCCAGCAUAUAAGACAAUAAGUCUGUCUAAGCCCUGUCUGGAUAUGCCAGGGGCUGAAGCUGGGACUUUCUGUAUGCAAGGCAGGCGCUCUACCACUGAGCUACGGUCCUUCCCCAAAUUUGUUCAUGGUCUUGAGCUAAAUUAAGUGAUUAAAAGUUGUAUACUGUGAUGAGUCUGUAGUUUUAGACACAUUUUACACUAGUCUCCACAUCAGGUAGUUUUCAGUUAGGUAGCAUGUACAUGGCUUGCGGUUUUGACCAGAACUAUCAAACAGGUCAGUGACUUUUGCAUUGUAAUCUUAAGCAGUUCUGCCUCCCCUUUGUGCUAUCCCUUCCCUCAGAUCUUGUUCAUUCUGGUGGAAUAUUUCAUUCAAUAUUAGCACUGUAACUUUGAUCUCUAGUUUGCAAUUUUACAGCCAAUUGCUGAUGUCUCGGCAUAUACUUCACCCCUGAAAAGCGUGAUACCUUGUGUGUCUUUACUGUGAAGUCCAUGGUCAAUGUCUUCUUUCAUGGCAGAAAAGAGGGGAUCUGAUGAUAAAAAAAGUAGUGUGAAGUCCAGUAGUCGGGAAAAACAGAGUGAAGACACAAGCAUGGACUCCAAGGAAGGCGAUGCUAAGAAUGAGGUCAAUGG